CCCAAGAAGAGCAAACAUACAGCAAACAACACACAAAAAAAUUACAGGGAAAAGCUAAGCAAGGAAAAAAAAAACAAGCAAGUACUAGAAGGAAAAAAUCAGAUGAAAAGACAGAACUUAAGGAGGAGGGCCUUCUGCAUCAAAUUGUGAAACUUCUUCAAGUGCUAUUUGCCUAGCUAACAUGCCGUCAAAGGAUGCUAGACUAUAUGGAAUUCUGCACUGCAAGUUUUUGGACAAACCAGGCCUGGGGACUGUUCGUUUAGGUUACAAGUGCUACUAUACUGAACCAGGUUUCCUAAAUGAUGUUUUUGAUGUAUCACGGUAUUGGACUAUUGGAAUUUCUGCAAGUUUCUUCAGCCAAACUGCUAGGCUCCAAAGUCGGCUGAGAAGGGAAAUCCAAGCUCUUAUUCAGGAAGAUGUUGACAUCAUCAAGCAUCACACACUUGGCGUGAUUAAAUCCCUAAUGAGUGAGAAAAAAGGUCAGACGAAAACAUCUGAAGCAAAACAGAGAAUUUCAAGAGACAAUCAACGAAGCAGCAAGGCCUUUACUAGCUACAAGAAGUCAAGAACUGAACAAUUUGUAAAUGAGGUGGAACUAUUUCUUUCUUCGGAUUUAAACGUUGAAGCAUAUGAUACUGUGUGCAUGCAGCGCUUAGGAAGCAGUGCUCGUGAAGUAACUACAGAGGCCGCUGCAGGAGAGCUUGCCAUUGUGGUACUAUUUCUAUCACUCUGGAAGACAAUGUGAAAGGAAAAAC